AUGGCUCCUAAGAAGAAGGAACAGCAGAAGAUGUCCCUUGGGGACUUUCUGGCUGACAGUUUUGGUGGAGGCUCUUCUUGGGCUGAUGAGGUAGAGGAGACCUCUUACGCUACUGGCACUCAGGCUCUGCCCCCUUCCGAUCGCUCUCGGUACAGCAGCAACAUCAACUCUUCUUCCAGCUGGCAGGACCGGGGUUUCUCCGUUCGCGAAGCUGCCCCUCAAACUCUCCCCGAUAAGCCUCCCUUUACCGCCCACCUCGGUAACCUUGCCUACGAUGUUACCAACGAUGCCGUGGCCGACUUCCUUACAGGCUGUGGUGUCGUCAACGUCCGUCUCAUUGAGGACCGCGAGCUGCAGCGCCCCAAGGGAUUCGGUUACGUCGAGUUUGAGACCCUCGAUGGUCUCAAGCAGGCCCUUGCCCUUGAUGGUGAAUCUUUCGGUGGACGAAUGAUCAAGAUUAAGGUUGCUGACCCUCCUCGUGGUGGUGAUCCCGGCCGAGGAGAUUCUAUCCGUGAGAUGGGUGCCUGGGACCGCAAGGGUCCUCUGCCUGAUGCUCCCUCAAGGGGCGGUGCCCGCGACUUUGGUGACCGUGAGCGUCGACCUCGUGAUCCCGCUUUUGAGAGCCGUCCCCAGCGUGAGUUUACCUGGGAACGACACGGACCUCUCGCUCCCCUUUCCCCUCAAGAGGGCUCUGGUUCGCGAGAUGGAAGCCGUCCCCGUGCUUCUCCUGAUGUACAGGGUGAGCGCAGCGAGUCUUUCCGUGGCAACCGCCGUGACUCUCCUGCUUGGGGUGAGGCUCGUGAGGGUGGCUCUCGCCCUCGCCCUGAGCGUCCUGAGCGCCCGGAGCGAACUGUCACUGCUGCCGACAAGGACAUGCAGUGGCGCGACCGAAUGCGUCCUGACGCCGCCAAGCCUACCUCGCCCGAUGGUAGCGCUCCCCCUUCGCCCGCUCUUUCCAACGCACCCACCGCUCAAGGUGGACGUCCCCGCUUGAACCUCCAGAAGCGAACAGUCUCCGAGGCUCCCGAUGCCUCAUCAAACGCAGCUGGAGAGGCGAAGGCCAGUCCCUUCGGAGCUGCUCGUCCUAUCGAUACAGCAGCAAGGGAGAAGGAGAUCGAGGUUAAGCGUCAGCAGGCUAUCCAAGAAAAGCGUGAGGCCGACGAGAAGGCCAAGGAGGAGAAGCGGUUGGCGAAGGAGGCCGCUGCCAAGGCCGAAGCCGAGGCUGAGGCUAAGGCUGAGGCUGAGGCUGAGGCUGAGGCUGAGGCGGAAGCUGCUGCGGCCAAGGAGGCUGAGGCUGCCACUGAGACCAAGGAGACUCCCGAGACAACAGAGGAGUCUGCUGAGCCCAAGGCUGAGAACGCCAACGGCGAACAGAAGGUCCCCGUCCGAACCCGCGAGCCCCGAGAGGCCCCCAAGUCAAGGGCGAACGAAGCCUCAAGCUGGCGCUCUGCCGGUAGCGAUCAGCGAGGACCCCGUGGAGGUGCCGGACCUCGAGGUGGACGUGGUGGACGUGGCGGUAUGCGAGAGGCCCGAACUGGACCUCUUCGAUCCAACGGAGCUGCUCCCCAACAAGCCUCUGGUUCCCCCGAUGAGCCUGGUACCCCUACAGCCGAUGAUGACGGUUGGACUACGGUGCCCAACAAGAAGGGUCGCCAGGGCCGUGCGAUGGGACCCUAG